GACUCACGCCAUGAAAUUAGGUUCGUCGACAUGUGGGUUGCCAUACUACGGGCCCUAGCCGUAUAAAACCUUGCGCGGCCAGCACUCAGCACGACCAAGGCAUCUGGGUUGCAUGCCGUAGCCGACCCGUAGAUUCCCCACAACUUCAUCCCCUUCACCAUCAUCGUUAGCAUGCAGCUCCCGGACCCCGAGAUGUCUGUUGAUCCCUGGCACACCGAAGAGCAUGUCAACCAGACCCCUCCUAGCCGGGUUUCCUUCGACGCUUGCUUCGGCGUGCUCCAUGUCAGCAAUCAGGAGAUGUCGGAAGUCCUCAGGAAAGAUGUGAGCAGCAAUACUAGCUGGGCGUCCUCCAGCGUGCACCCCUACGAGGACCACCUGUGCGUUACGUCAUUUCUAUCUCCCGAAGUUACGAUUGUCACAUUUCCAGCUAGGCAUUCCACCGAAGACGAUUUAGAACUCAAAGAAAUGACCAUAAAUUACGACGGCGAGCGCAUUUAUGCAGGUAGUUCAGCUCAUUUUCUGUUUUCGUCUGAGGUGGACAACGGCGGCGCCCCUCCCGCCCACGAUUCCGCCCAGAGAAGCACUGCAUCGUGAGAACUC